AGGCCUGGCUGUAGUUGUCCAAGGACUGGACUCAGCUGUUCGACUCCCAGCACAAGUUAUUCCAGUAACUGCCGGAGCUCCCUAAAGGAUCAAAUCACUUUUAACUUGCUUCUUUAGCACUCACCAAGUUUUAUACAGUUUUCUGUGUUUUAUCGAUUUUAAUGCAAAAUGUUGCGUUGGAAUUUAAACUUAUUGCAUCAUUGGAUCAUUGCAGUUAUUGUUGUGUCGUUCUGUGAAAAAUCACAUUCUUCAGGAUCCUUUCACAAGUUCAAUGGAAGUAUAGGUUGCCCCCAUAUGCAGUUUCUGUGCCUGAAUGGGGACUGUAUUACAGAGGAAAGACAUUGUGACGGCCAUGAAGACUGCAUUGACGGGGCAGAUGAGCACAAUUGUGAUGUACUGAAGUGUCUACCACCCAACUACUACACUUGUGACAACAAUCGCUGCGUCAGCACGACAUUUCUUUGCGACGAUGAUAAUGACUGUGAAGAUUGGUCUGAUGAGAAAAACUGCAGCAACAUACAUGUGGAGCCCACCAGCUGCAGUCCUGAAGAGUACCAGUGUAUGGACCGGCUGUGUAUCCCGAAAAAGUGGGUCUGCGACGGCAAACCUGACUGUCUGGACUCCAGCGACGAGACACUGGGCUGUACCUCAAAUAUUACAUGCGAUGGAUUCAAAUGCAAAAACCAUUACUGCAUUCCAUCAGAAUGGCAAUGUGAUGGGGGAAAUGACUGCGGGGAUAACUCUGACGAAGAGAGCUGCACUCGAAGAGAAAUCUCUCUAGAGGAAUGCUCAAUAGACCACAGGAUGUUCCACUGCCAUGAUGGUCUGUUGUGUAUUGAACUAUAUGAACUGUGUAAUGGCAAGGGUGACUGUUUAGAUAAUUCUGAUGAAGGUGGCCAAUGUUCAAGCCCAGGUAUUUGUGCCAACAAGACAUGUCCUUUUGACUGUUACCCAUCCCCCCAUGGCCCUAUCUGUGCUUGUCCUAAAGGAACAUUCAAUGAUGGCCAUUCUUGCCAUGAUGUUGACGAGUGUGAUCAGUUUGGAAUCUGUGAUCACAAAUGUACCAACCUCAUAGGAGGCUAUCAGUGCCACUGUGAUCCUGGUUAUAUUCUUGCAUCGGAUAAGAAAACAUGCAAAGCUGAAGGGCCUGAAGGGUUGCUUCUGUUUUCAUCCCACAAGCAGAUCCGAGCGUUUUUUCUAACUUCAGAAGUAUACUACCCUGUAGCCAAGGAUCUAUCUCAAGUGACUGGAGUCGCAUAUGACGGUCAGCAUGUCUACUGGACCAAUGUCUACCAUGGAGAGGAGGCCAUUCUUCGAUCCCUGGAAGAUGGUUCUGAGCAAGAAGUUAUCAUCUCUGCAGGUUUGGGGACACCAGAGGAUCUAGCUUUGGACUAUAUAACAAAGAACAUCUACUUCACUGACUCUAAAUAUAAACACCUGGGCGUGUGUUCUAAUGAUGGUACUCUCUGCACAGUACUACACAAUGUAGAUAUAGACAAGCCAAGGGGAAUCUGCCUCUCUCCUGUUGAAGCCUUGAUGUACUGGUCGGAUUGGGGUAAACGCCCUCUGAUUGCUCGUUCAGGAAUGGAUGGCAGCAAUGUCGUUGACUUUAUCACCAAAGAUCUCCAUUGGCCCAACGGUCUCACCAUAGACCAUGGCAAUGACCGCCUCUACUGGGUUGAUGCUAAACUGCUUGUCAUUGAAUCCAUCAAACUCGAUGGCACUGGCCGUAGAGUGGUAUUGGCAGAAGCCAUCAAACAUCCAUAUGCUGUAGCAGUAUUUGAAAAUUACUUAUACUGGAGUGAUUGGACUGGGCAGGAGAUUCAGAAAUGUAACAAGUUCACCGGUAAAGAUAGACAGACUGUGAUACGUGAGAAAAACAACAGAAUAUUUGGUGUACACAUUUAUCAUCCAGCAAUGAUGAAUUCUUCAGUUGGUAACCCUUGUCUCACAGCAGGAUGCAGUGACCUGUGCUUGCUAGCCCCUUCAUCAAAGCCAGUGCCCUACACAUGUGCCUGUCCCCAAGAUAAGGUCCUGGCUCCCAAUGGUCACACCUGUGAACAGGUGCUCAAGAACCACACGUUGCUGGUAGGUGCAGGUGGCAGUCUCCUUGAGGUGGAACACCAGAGGCUCGGACGUGUGACAACUCAACCAGUUCACCUUACAAGUGUCUACAAGAUUGGGGCACUCGCAUAUGAUGCCCUCAAUGGUCAUGUACUGAUCAGUGAUGCUGUUGAAAAGAAGGUGGUAUCUCUAAACCCGAUGACAGGAGAGACAUCUAUCUUGCUGGCAGGACAGGAUGUAGGCAGGAUAGAAGGAAUGGAGGUGGACCCAUAUGGCCACAACCUGUACUGGGCUGAUGGAGAGCGUCAGACUGUGGAAGUACUCAGUCUCAACACGCACACGCGCAAGGUUCUGCUCCAUGAUCUUGGUGGAGAGACACCCUUAGAUGUUGCUCUCGUACCUGAUGAUGGAUUCAUGUUUGUGGCUCUAAUGGGACCUAAGGUGGUGCACAUAGAUAGGUUCAAUAUGGAUGGAGACAUGAAGACCCGAGUACACAUUGUAGACAAGGACGUGCUGGGACCCAAUGUGGCUCUUGCCUAUGACAAACACGUUCACCACAUCUUCUGGUCAGACUCAGGCACUGGGAAUAUUGAGGCUGUAGACAUUGAUGGAAUGGAGCGAACCAAGGUAAGGGAGUUGUACCACUCGCCCAUUGACAUUGCUGUGAUAGAGGAUGACAUAUUCUGGACCAGCUUUGGAACACCUAAACUGCACUGGGUGAACAAAUACGAGGACAAUAGUGACAGCAGCAAGGAGUUGGUACUAGGACUCACCCAGGGCCUUGAAUCUGUAAGGUUGGCAGUCGUGACUGCUCUAGUCUCUGGGGCAGAGCACAAUUGUCAGAAGAACAAUGGUGGUUGUAGCCAUAUCUGUUUGCUCAGCCACAACAAACAUACUUGUGCCUGCCCAUUUGGGAUGGUGCUGAAACGAGAUGGUGUGACAUGUGAAGUCCCUGUACACUGCCAGGUGGGUCAGUACCGCUGCAACACAGGGGAAUGUAUUCACGUGUCUUUGCAAUGCAACCACCGGGCCGACUGUCCCCAUGGAGAUGACGAAGUAGACUGUAAAGAGAUUGUGUUAAGCUGUGCUCGUGGCAUGUUCUCCUGUCACAACGGAGAAAAGUGUGUGGAACACCAUAACCGUUGUGAUGGCAUCUGGCAUUGUCAAGACGGCUCAGACGAACGGAGCUGUUCCCACAUGGGCUGUAAAGCAGGAGAGUUCCAAUGCAAGAGUGGACCUUGCAUACCGAUGUCCUGGCGUUGUGAUGACUCAAAGGAUUGUGAGGAUUCAUCUGAUGAAGAACAAUGUGAGAAGACAACAUGUCAUCCUGAACAAGAGUUUAGAUGCACCAGUGGGACUUGCAUUCCAUCUACUUGGGAGUGUGACAAUCAGCCUGACUGUACGGACGCCUCAGAUGAGCAUGAGUCCUGUUUGAGAGCCAGUUCCUGCGCCCCAGACCAGCUGGUGUGUAACAAUGGUCACUGUGUGGACCACCAACUAGUGUGUGAUGGAGAGGAUGAUUGUGAAGAUGGCACGGACGAGACAGGAUGCAGCAGGUCCCCGGCAGAGGAGCUAGAUGUUGCUGUCCACAUCACCGAUACCAGUCAACAACGAGGUCGGAUGCAAUGUGAUGACAAUCAAUUCACCUGUGAUAAGUGUUUGCCAGCUAGUGCAAGAUGUAACGGGACUAAAGAGUGCAGUAGAGGAGAGGAUGAGAUGGGAUGCAGUGGCUGCAUGGAGCACCAGUUCCAGUGUGUGGAUAGUGGCCGUUGUAUCAUGCGAGAGUGGGUCUGUGACGGAGACAGUGACUGCGGAGACAAGUCUGACGAGGACCCUGCCAUGUGUCAGUACUAUGAGAAAGGAGUUGAAAAAGCAGUAAACCACAACAAUUCUGAGUGUCUGGAUUUUACUUGUAAAAAUAUGAAAUGUUUACCAUUCAGCAAAGUCUGUGAUGGAACUCCAGACUGUGAAGAUAGAAGUGAUGAGGGUGGCAGAUGUGGUGGAGGUUGCCUGCCCUCAAGUUGCAUGGACACAUGUCAGGAGACUCCACUCGGUCCUCGGUGUGCCUGCUACCCAGGUUAUCAGCUGAGUGGUGACAGCCGGACUUGUCAGGACGUGGAUGAGUGUGCAUUGGGCAUUUUUUGUUCCCAGUAUUGCCACAACACACCCGGCAGCUUCACCUGCAGCUGUCGCUAUCCGGACUUUCAACUACAGGACAAUCGUAUGACUUGCAAAGCCAAAGGAAGUGAGAUGCAGAUUGUUUAUGUGAUUGAUAAACAGAUCCGUUAUGUGACCAACUCUCACUCUAGCCUGGGAGUGAUGUACGAGUCUCCAUUUCUUAACUUCCAAGUUUCAGGACUAGAUGUUGAUGCUCGCAAGAAAUGCAUUUAUUGGAGUUCAGAUUUAACUGGAAACAUCAGCCGCACGUGCUUGAACACCAAGAACACUACAGACACAAUUAGUAAACUGGUGAGACCAGGGAAACUGGCACUGGACUGGGUCACACGGAACCUUUACUUUGUAGAGAGAAACUACAUCCUGAAGGCGUGCAACUUUGAACUACAACGUUGUGCUAUAAUUGCAACUUUUCCACCAGGUGAAACCAUUUCUUCACUAGCCGUUGACCCAAUCAGGCGGUUGAUGUUCUGGAGUACAUCUACUAGCUACGGGGAGACAAAAAGUAUGAUAAAGCGAGCAGACCUAUCUGGCUCACAGAUGACAGUUGUGUUGGAGCCAAUACUCCAGCAUAUAGCAGACUUGGCUCUUGACUCCCUGCAUGAGAUGAUCUAUUGGCUGAACACUGAACGACGGGAAGUACUCAGGAUGACCUACCUCGGCAUGAACAAGCAAACCAUCUUCGCUUCUCCGGAUAUCCCAACAAAGCUUGGUCUGUUUGAGCACUCGGUAUACUGGAUGGUUGAGGGCCGCACAACGACUCGCAGACAACAUCUGGGCACUUACGGCAAUGUGUGGCAGUGUGCAGUGAGCGGUCCAUCAGCAUGGCGUUGUGAUGUGCUUAAAAUACACCCUCGAAACACACUGUCUGCCCCAGCAACCUUCACCAUCAUGCAAGAAUCUCUACAGGAACGAGGAACCAGUGAAUGUGUUGGCCAGUGCUCCCACCUUUGUGUGCAUGCCCAGUCCGGAAUUGUGUGUCUCUGUGCCGACGGUACAAAGGUGCCUCCAGGCCAAUUAUGUGAAGAUUCGUCCAUGCUGACUCAUCCCAAUUUCUCCACCAAAGUCGUCCAGAAUUCAGAUGGCUCCAGUUUUAUCUGGACCGUAUUCAAAGUGCUGAUGAUAACAUUUGUCUUCCUGCCUAUUGUGAUUGUUAUCAUCUUCCUACUUCGGAAUGAUAUAUUAAGCUACUUCCAUUCAUGUAUCAGCGUCACCCGCAAGCCUGUUUUACCAAAUAUCCACUUCAACAACCCAGCAUACGGCGUGGCUCCCUCCCAUGUGGAAACAGUGUUUCACCACUCCAGGCUGAAUCCUGGAGAGCACCAGUACGAGAACCCUAUCACAGCGGAUAAUGUAUUAGAUGGGACAGUAAAUAACAUAACAAAUGAAACUAUUGAGGUAGCAAAGAAACAAAAAGUUAUUGAAUUUCAUGUCAGUGACUUUGAUGAUGAUUCGGGAAGUCUAGAGUAUUCAGAAGCUGUGGGAGAAUCACACAGAACACCAUUAAUAAAAUAACACAUUAACUGCUAAUACUUGUUGUUUAAUAUUGUUGUUAUUCUAAUAUAAAUAUUUAUUAAUGUUAAGUUUUAUAUUAGGUUAAGUUUAAAACCAAAUAUGUGAUUUUUAUUAUAAUUAUGUAUAAGUUAAUAACAUUAAAUUAUUUUCUACCAAGACCAAACUGUGAAAAGAAUAAAUAGACUGACUUAGACAAUAUAUUUUAUAGUGACAGUCGAUAGACAGUUACUUUGUAAUGAGAACUUAGAACUAUAGUUUUACUGUAGAAUGUUAAGACCUCAUGUAAAAACAAUUUAUUCAAGUUAUAAUUGAAUUUUGUAUUUCAAUAAUAAAAAAUGUAAUGCUAAACAGGUUGUUCUAACUUGUCAUGGAGCAUCAUGUCAAACAAACUAA